AACAGCCUACCCGACCCUCCUGAAGCUCCCGUCCCUCUUUUACCUUCAUCAUCACUUUCCUUGUACUCCCGAUUUUUUAUUCAUAUUUUUCCCAAUUAUUUCCUUCAAUUCGAUCAAUUUGAAUCCAAAACCCUAAAUCUGAAUUCCUAAUCCCACUAAAAAUUGGACCAAGGUUCUAGGGUUUCUCUGCUAUUCCGAAAACCCUAAUUAAAACUUGCCAUUUUUGUCUCUCACUCCACUGGCUAAAGCUAAAGGUUGAAUAUUGCUGAAGAUUCACAAUAGUUCACUUUCUCAGCGGAAUAAGACCAUGCGAGUCUUUGUGAAAGUCUAUAUCUUUCUGGAUUACAACAGUGUGAGGUUUGGGGCUUGAGAUAAUUCAAUUGGAAUUGAUCUGAAACCGUUUCAAAAUUUUGACAUGGAUAACGAGGUGAUUGAGUUUGAUAUUGGGUUGGGAGGAGGGGGAGGCCGGGAUGGGGAUGAUGAUUUUGUAGACAUUGAGCAUCCUGUUGAUGAUGAGGAAAUGGUUGAUAGUCCUCUUCUGGGGAGUGGCAGUGGCGGUGGUAUUGUUUUCGGUGGUGGUGAAAUUUACUUUCCUGAGGGGGAUCUCUUGGACCUUGAGCCAUAUGACGGCAUGGAAUUUGAGUCUGAAGAGGCUGCCAAGGCCUUUUACAAUUCGUAUGCACGGCGGGUUGGGUUCAGUACUCGUGUCAGCUCCUCACGUCGUUCCAGGCGCGAUGGAGCAAUCAUACAGAGACAGUUUGUUUGUGCUAAAGAGGGUUUCCGGAAUUUGAAUGAGAAGCGCACCAAGGAUAGGGAGAUUAAGCGCCCUCGGACUAUCACUAGAGUUGGGUGCAAAGCAUCCUUGUCUGUAAAGAUGCAAGAUUCGGGGAAAUGGGUGGUGUCUGGUUUUGUUAAGGAUCAUAAUCAUGAGUUGGUUCCGCCAGAUCAGGUGCAUUGUCUUCGUUCUCACAGGCAAAUAUCUGGUCCUGCUAAGACUUUGAUUGAUACCUUGCAGGCUGCUGGAAUGGGUCCCAGGAGGAUUAUGUCAGCGCUGAUUAAGGAAUAUGGUGGGAUAAGCAAAGUCGGAUUUACAGAGGUGGAUUGUAGGAAUUACAUGAGGAAUAAUCGCCAUAAGAGCUUAGAUGGGGACAUUCAGAUGCUUUUGGAUUACUUGAGACAAAUGCAAGCUGAUAAUCACAACUUUUUCUAUGCCGUGCAGGGCGAUGACGAUCAGUCCAUGGGAAAUGUCAUUUGGGCUGAUCCAAAGGCAAGGAUGAACUAUAGUUAUUUUGGUGAUACUGUUACCUUUGACACUACCUACAGGUCUAACAGGUACCGUUUGCCCUUUGCACCUUUCACAGGGGUGAACCAUCACGGUCAGCCUGUUUUGUUUGGUUGUGCCUUUCUGAUAAAUGAAUCUGAAGCAUCAUUCGUUUGGCUGUUCAAAACAUGGCUUAUGGCAAUGUCAGGCCGGCCCCCAGUGUCAAUUACAACUGAUCAUGAUCCUGUGAUACAGUCAGCCAUCACGCAGGUUUUCCCGCAGACCCGGCUCCGUUUCUGCAAAUGGCACAUCUUUAAGAAAUGUCAGGAGAAGCUAUCCCAUGUGUUUCUUAAGCAUCCGACCUUUGAAGCAGACUUUCACAAGUGUGUUAAUUUGACUGAGUCCAUAGAAGAAUUUGAGUCUUACUGGUUGUCUCUUGUUGAUAGAUACAAUCUCAGAGAUCAUGAAUGGAUUCAAAUGGUAUACUCCGCUCGCAGGCAGUGGGUCCCUGUAUAUCUGCGGGACACUUUUUUUGCAGAAAUGUCCAUUACUCAGAGAAGUGACAGUAUGAACUCAUAUUUUGAUGGAUAUGUGAAUGCUUCAACAAAUUUGAGUCAGUUCUUUAAGCUUUAUGAGAAAGCUCUAGAGAGUCGAAAUGAGAAGGAAGUGAAAGCAGAUUUUGAAACUAUGAACACUGCCCCAGUUUUGAAAACCCCAUCUCCAAUGGAAAAGCAAGCAUCCGAGCUUUAUACAAAAAAGAUAUUUAUGAGGUUUCAAGAGGAGUUAGUUGGAACGCUAACUCUUACAGCAUCUAAGGGUGAUGAUGAUGGGGAGAUCAUCACAUAUCAAGUAGCUAAGUUUGGGGAGGACCAUAAAGCAUACUAUGUUAAGUUUAAUGUUUUGGAGAUGAUGGCAACUUGUAGUUGCCAGAUGUUUGAGUUCUCAGGUCUUCUUUGCAGACAUGUAUUGGCAGUCUUUAGAGUGACCAAUGUGUUGACUCUCCCAUCCCAUUACAUAUUGAAACGAUGGACUAGAAAUGCCAAGAGCAGUGUCAUGUUAGAAGAACGUUCUAGUGAUGUAUAUACCAAUUAUCUAGAAUCUCAUACUGUUCGGUACAAUACCCUACGUCAUGAGGCCUUUAAAUUUGUAGAUGGAGCAAGGUCUUCAGAAACUUAUGACAUUGCAGUGGAAGCUUUGAAAGAAGCUGGAAAGAAAGUAGCUCAUGCCACAAAGCAUGAGGGGAAAUCCAUGGUGAAUGGGCAUGUCAGGGGGAACUUGGCUGGUGGGGCAAGUCAGGCAGCACGUUGUGCUAGUGGGGAUCAUGAAGGAAGUUCUGGCCAACACUUGUCUGAGGAUGAUAUGGACAAAAAAAUUCGAGAACUUACGAAUGAGCUGGAGUGCGCAAAUCGGAAAUGUGAAGUUUAUCGGGCUAACCUGCUUUCAGUUUUGAAAGAUAUAGAGGAUCAUAAGUCACAAUUGUCAAUUAAAGUACAAAACAUUAAAAUUGGCAUGAAGGACGGCCUAUAAAGUCUGCAACAGUAACUUUUUGGGAGGAGACAUCAUUGUAUGAAUGGUUGCACAAGAAGACAGGCAUGAGAGCCGAAGGGUUUAUCGGGGUAUGGAUGUUUAGCAAUUGAAAUCGUUCGGUAGCUCUUUUCUCAUUGUGUGUGUAUUUAUAUAUUUUCGUUUGGUGAUUGUUUGCUGUCGAAGGUAAUAAUCAGAUGUUAUUUUCUGUGCCUGUCGAAUAAUACCUUCAAUUUUAAGUUUUCGUAUACGCUUGUAGGUAAAUUCAUCCUUGAUUUGACAAGUCAUCUUCCACUCAUCCUUGUAAAUUGGCUGUACAGAACCUAUUAACUGCGGUUUCUGUUAGGAAGGUUAGUACAGUUUCACUGGAGUGUAUCUGCACCAACACUUUGUUUACUUUUCGUGCUUCGAUCUUUAGGCUUUCGUUGCCCCGUUUCUUUGGUAUUGAUUACAUGUGUAAACAAUUUCGCUGGUUAAGCUUAUUGGAGUUUGCUGAGUCCCAUUUUAUUGGCAUUGAAAGCAAUACUGUGUAAUAUGACACCGAAACUGAAAGCUUGAGUUCGGGUGACUGGGAAAGGGGGGAUGGAAUGUCAUGUUCUUCCGAGCCUUUGUUGGAGCGAGAUAUGUAAUGUGAUAUUCUUAUGUUGUGUAUACACUUUGUAGGAUAUGAUUUUCCUAAGUAGAGUUCAAUCUACGAUUUGGGUGAUCGUCAGUCGUAAUCA